AUGGCGUCGUCGGUCAUCGCAUCCCGACCAAGGGCUCGCCCAGCCCACACCUCGGGCACCACGAAAUGUGCCUACACUCCAGACGGAACAAAGCUGGUCACUGUCGGCUCCAACAAUACCAUUCGUGUGUACAAGACCGGCUCAGACGGCGAGCCUGACAAUGUGGACGACUGCCAGGAACAAAAUGUUGCGGUAUCAACAAGCAACAAGUUCUUCGUUGCCGGCUCGGAAGAUGGCACUCUCGCUUACUACUCGCUCGAGACCAACAUGUUUGACCGCCUCCUGACGCGGACAAGUCUCCCAGUUCGCGAUGUUGCCCUCUCUCCAGACGACAAGUGGUGCGCUGUUGCUAGUGACGAGCUUACGGUCAAGCUGGUCAACAUGGAGGAUACCACGAACCUGCUUACGCUGAAGGAGCAUGGAGAGCAGACGAAGCAUAUCUCGUUCGACCCCAAGGGCACUAUGCUUGCGGUCUCAUGUACCAAUGGGAUCAUCUACAUUUACUCUUUGACGGCGGAUCAUCCCGAGCUUAUUCGAAAGGUGGACGGUGUCAUUGGCAGGGUGCAGACCGACUCCGAGGCCUCGACCAAGGUGGUCUGGCACCCCGAUGGCCGUGCUUUUGCGGUGCCCACGCCUACGAGGGAUAUUCAGGUUGUGUCCAAGAAUGACUGGGAGAAGCAAAGGGUGUUUUCCAACGGGCAUGAGGGGGAUGUCACAGCUCUUGCUUGGUCUCCCAACGGAGCGUUGCUUGCCUCAGCCGGCAAGGACAGGAAGCUCUUGAUUUGGUCCACCAAGGACCAGAGCGUGAUCGCCAGAUAUGAGUACCCCAACGUCGUCGACAUCGCUUGGCACCCAACCAAAAACCUGGCCUCCUUCACUACCUCUAAUGGAGAAGUGUUCAUCAGCCCAGAGUUCGUCUCGGAGCAGUUUGCUUCCAUGCUCAAGCUCCCCCGGCAACCAGCCCCUUUUAUCCACGACCCCCUUGAAGGAAUCUCCAAUGGCCUCGACAAACAACCCCUUCCUAGCCGUCCCCGAGCUGGUACGCCAGAUAGCUUCGACGACCUCCUUGAUGAUGACGUAGUAGAGGAGGAUGACUUUGUUGUGGACGACGACGGUGCGGGCUAUGCGCUCAACACCGGCCGAAAGCGUCCCGCAGACGACACCACCGACGGCCAACCCCCUUCCAAACGAGCCAACUAUGCCCUCCAACUCCAACACCACCCCCCUUUCCAACCUGGCUCCACCCCCUGGCGCGGCAACAGAAAGUACCUCUGCCUCAACCUAAUAGGCUUCAUCUGGACCGUCGACCAAGACAGCCACCACACUGUCACGGUCGAAUUCUACGACCACGAAUUCCACCGCGACUUCCACUUCACCGACACGUUCCUCUACGACCAAGCCUGCCUCACCAACACCGGCUCCUUGUUCUCCUGCCCACCAAAAGACGACGCCCCAGCUGUGGUCUUUUACCGUCCCCACGAGACCUGGACGCAGAGAAAUGACUGGCGGAUUUCCCUGCCGAAGGGUGAAGCCGUGUUGGCCAUGGCCCUAGGCGAGAAUUUUAUUACUGUCACCACCACGGCGAAUUACGUUCGGGUGUACACCCUCUUUGGGAUUCCCUACCGAGUCUACCGCCCCAAGUCCAGCCCCGUGGUCACCUGCGCGGGAUGGAACGACUACAUCAUGACGAUUGGCAACGGCCCAGUAGGCGCGGACGGGAUGUCCAGGCUCUUGUACUCCAUCUACAACAUCAAGCGGGAUGAAAUCUGCCAAAACGAAGACAUUGUCGCCUUGCCGGACGGUGCCUCGUUGAAAUCAGUCUUUUUUUCCGAUGUUGGCGACCCAUGUAUAUACGACACAACAGGAACCCUCCUAACCCUCCUCCACUGGCGCCUCCCCUCCCGCGCCUACUGGGUUCCCCUCUUGUCAACCUCUCUCCUCCCACGUCUCGCCUCGGGCCGAAAAAAGGAAUCUUACUUCCCCAUCGCGGUGGCGGACAAUAAAUUCCAUUGCAUCAUCCUAAAAGGAGGGGAUCAGUACCCUUACUUUCCCCGGCCUUUACUCUCCGAAUUCGAGUUUUCCAUCCCGCUUUCUGGACCGCCCAAACCUAAAAAUUCAAAACCCACCAACGACGACGAUGAAAUGAUGCUCGAUCAAUCCUCAGACUCGGAUGGAGAGGACGACGCGACCGGGGAGAGUGAUAAAUUGAUCCAAGGGUUCAUGCUGAAGAGUAUCCAAGCCUCCCAGCUCGACGACCUGCUAGACGCCACGCAAUCAACCGCCUCGCAACGCGCGCUGCGGUCUAGGCUUUCGUUGGAGAUUGAUAAAACGUUACUGCAGCUCCUGGCGGUGGAGUGCAGGGAGGGGGGUGAGGAGAGGGGUAUGCGCGCGCUGGAGGUUGUCAAGCUCAUGAGGGACACGUCUGGGAAGAUGAUUGAGGCGGCGGGCAAGAUUGCCGAGAGGUAUGGACGGACUGUCCUGGGGGAGAAGAUCAGGGAGUAUGGCGAGGAGAGGGUGGGGAAACAAAUCAGGAGUAGGAGUGAUGGGCGGAUGUCGACGCAUAAUCACAGAGGGUUUGGGAGUGGGGAUGAGAGUGACUUUUGA